GUAGGUGGUCUAAUGGGGAGUAAGGAGCAGAUAAUGAAGAACAUGCAGGAGGUGUUGGAGGAUUCAGGACUUCAUGGAAACUUGCUCCAGUAAAGGAAGUUUUCCAGGGUUGUGCAAAGUGUUGCGUUGAUCACUGUGAGGCAACCCAUUUCCUCUUUCAGGCUGGAGAAGUUAUCAAUCUUUAAAACCUCCAUAAACCAGCAGAGAGGAAGCAGCAGUUACUUUCUGUUCCGUGGUGUUAUUGAAAGCUGACAGCAGCAGCGUUUCCCGCUGAGUUCUGGCACUGCUACGGUCCGACCCACACCUGUCUCAGUUCAGCCAUCAGCAGACGAUGAGGAUCCUGGUGUUUCUGCUCCUGGCGCCGGUUCUGGUCCACGGAAGAGUCUUUGAGCGCUGUCAGUGGGCCCGGAUGCUGAAGGCUUAUGGGAUGGAUGGUUACCGUGACGUCAGCCUGGCAGACUGGGUCUGUCUGACUCAGUGGGAGUCUGGGUUCAACACGCAAGCAGUCAACCACAACAGAGACCGAUCCACCGACUACGGCAUCUUCCAGAUCAACAGCCGCUGGUGGUGCGAUGACUCCCAGAUCCACACUGCCAACGGAUGCCGCAUCAAGUGCAGCCAGCUGCUGUCUGAUGACGUCAGGACGGCGAUCAGCUGCGCUAAGCGGGUUGUCAUGGAUCCCCAAGGCAUCGCAGCCUGGGUGGGCUGGCGCCUUCACUGUCAGAACAACGUCAGCCAUUACUUGGAUGGAUGUGGCCUGAAUUCUUCUUUUCUCUGAACCAGGAAGGUCCAUAACAACAAACAGUUCAACUGUUGAUUAAAGUCAAAGUUCAGAAAAUCUGUUUUAAUCAUUUCUUUAAAAAAUGUCUUUCCUGUUAUACUGCAAAUUAAAAUGUUGA